AUGGCAAGGAAAAGACGGGCUAGUGAGGGACUUGGUGAAAAAACUCGCGGUGACUAUCAAGGGAAUGCAGCUUGGGACGAAAUGGUAAAGGAAACUGCUGUUGCAAAUGCAACCGCGCUCGGGGGAGCACGGCGAGCACGAAAAAGAUUCGUGGGUGUUAGACAAAGGCCAUCAGGAAGAUGGGUUGCUGAAAUUAAAGACACAAUACAAAAAAUAAGGGUAUGGUUAGGUACCUUUGACACAGCUGAAGAAGCAGCAAGGGCAUAUGAUGAAGCUGCUUGUUUGCUUCGUGGAGCCAAUACUCGCACUAACUUUUGGCCUUGUUCUUCAUCUUCGUCUUCUACUCCAGCUCUUCCUUCGAAGAUUACUAAUCUUCUUAUUAAUCGGCUUAAAGCUAGAAAUAAUUCCUUAGCAGCUGUUGCUGGUGGCGGUUCUUCUUCUUCUGAUUCUUCUGAGCCUGUAGAAAAUCAUGAUCAGGACAAACAGGCAGAAGAAUUCAGAGAAGAAACAGCUUAUUUUUCGGAUUCGCAGUAUAUGGAGUAUCUCAAAGACCCUGAAGAUCUGAUUACUGAUAACUUAUGUUGCUCAACAUGGAAUACUUUUGACGGAUCCGACACUCACACGUCAGUAUUUUUGAAUAGUCCGAUCAACAUAGUUGAUAACAGCAUGAUCAGUAAUAUGAGUGAAAUUACCAUGAGCACAAAUACCUCGGAAGCAUGCUUGGCUGAAAACGAUUAUAAUGUGAUUCAGCCUGUGAAAAGCGAUGAAAACUCGAGUGGUGGAGAGAUUAAUAAUAUUGUUGAAGAAGAUGGAGAAGAAGAGAUUGAACAGGAAAAUAGUACUGAUAUAGGAGAUGUAGAAGUAGAGCCAAUUGACUUCCAAUUUGUUGAUGAAAUUGGAUCAUCAUUUUACUAUUCACCAUUUGGGAUUAAUUCAUCAGAGACAAUGGAAGAGGGGAUGGUUUAUGGAGACGAAUCGUCGAUGCUAACUGAAGCUAUGCGGAGGAUGAAUUACGAGAGGAAAUUUUCAGCAUCACUAUAUGCUUUUAACGGAAUUACUGAAUGCUUAAAGUUGAAGCUGAAAUCGGGAGGAGUUAUGCAGAGAGAAAGAUCUGAACAAUUAAGUAGACUGAGGAAUGCAUGCAAAAGGAAUCACAAGGAGGAGGAGAAGAAAAUUCAUGAAGAAGGAAUUAGCACAGAAACAGGUGAAAAGAAAGAUACUGAAUACAGUUCACAAAGUUCAUCUUCUUCAACGAUUUCACAAAGUUCACAAGAAACUACUUACGAUAGUGAAUUGUCCCUUUGGAGCUCAAUUGAUCUACCUCCAAUUUGCGCCUUUUUUACUUAG